AUGUCUUUACUAACAUAUAAAUACUAUGAUACACCUGAAGGCGAAGACAUAUUUAAGAAGACCUUUGUAACUUCAAAAUAUGCAAUCUUAGCAAGUAUUCCUCCUGCAAUAUUUGACGUACUUUUAUAUUCUCACCCCAAGGGGUUUUUCAAUACAGCUCUUCGCUUUGGAACAUAUUUGGGGCCAGCAGUUGGAAUGGCUACGGCUUUUACUCUUACUGCUAAUAUAAGUCAAAACAUAAGACGUAAAAAUGAUGAAAUAAAUUACUGCCUGGGGGGAGCUGCUGCUGGUGCUGUAUUUGCUACUUUGCGUAAACAGCCCAUAAUCGCUGUACCGGCAGCCAUAUUUCUUGCUGUUGCUGGGCUAGUGAAAAAAACCAGUGUGGAUAGUGGUGUACCCAUAUUCCCUUACAUACAGAUGGGAAAAGAAUCCAUUAACUCAGUUAGGCGAGAUUUUACAAUUAGUAAGGAUGUUGAAGAAUUAAAGACUUGGACUAAAGGUCAGUAA